AGUAAAAUGAUAAGAUUAUUUUUAUUCCCCAAUAAAAUAUCAGGCUGCAGUGAUUUGAUCUACCAAUUAAACUAUAAUACGUAACCAACAGGUGAAACAUGACAAAUUAUGACUCAGUUCAAAGGGUGUAAAUAACAGUAUUUUGUUGACUCCUAACCAAACUAAAAUGUGUUGCAUCGGAACACUGGUGUUCGAAGUCGCCCAGAUAGCUUCAGUUCUCGCGAGAAUGACAGUAGUUUCCGCCGUUACUGUUUGCAGGCUGUUAGCUGUCGGACACGCUGCCAAAUUUCGUUUCUGCUGGCUUUAUUGUUGGACUGACUGCAAUGGAAGAACUUGGAGUCACAGACGAGGGAGAAAAGCCCAGACAUCGACCUUUCUUAAUCGGUGUUAGCGGAGGCACGGCCAGCGGAAAGUCCACAGUUUGCGCCAAGAUCAUGGAGCUUCUGGGGCAGAACAAGGUGGAUCACCGCCAGAGAAAGGUGGCCAUCAUCAGCCAGGACUGCUUCUACAACGUGCUGACUCCAGAUCAGAAGGCUAAAGCCCUUAAAGGACAGUACAACUUUGAUCACCCAGAGGCGUUCGAUAACGAGUUGAUGUACAAAACCUUGAAGGACAUUGCAGAGGGGAAGCCGGUCGAGGUGCCAACAUACGACUUCAUCACUCAUUCCAGGUUGGAAGACAGGAUCACGGUUUACCCAGCGGAUGUCGUCCUCUUUGAAGGGAUCCUCGUUUUCUACCCCCAGAAAGUGCGCGAGAUGUUCCACAUGAAGCUCUUCGUGGACACGGAUUCAGAUGUCAGGUUGUCUCGAAGAGUGCUGAGAGACAUGAAUCGAGGGAGGGACCUGGAGCAGAUUCUGAAUCAGUACACGACAUUUGUAAAGCCUGCGUUUGAGGAGUUUUGCCUGCCUACUAAAAAGUAUGCAGAUGUCAUCAUUCCGAGAGGGGUUGACAAUAUGGUGGCCAUCAACCUGAUUGUGCAGCACAUCCAAGAUAUUCUGAAUGGUGACAUUUGCAAGUGGCAGCGGGGAAACAUCAACAGCCAUGGCCGAGCCUGCAAAAGGCUGACCUCAGAGCAGAGCGACCUGCAGAACGGAUCAACCAACCCUCCUAUUAAAAGAGUCCUGCUGGAGCCUAGUAGUCGGCCCCACUGAAACAGAGAGGAUGUAGAUGUGUGUGUGUGUGUGUAUAAGUGAACAGGAACAGAUAGGUCCAGACCGUGGAGCUGCAGCGUGAACUGACGUUACUUUGCCGGAAUGUCACACACUCUGCAGUUUAGGGUGAUAUCAGUGAUUCAAUGUUACAGGUUCUAAGAUCUGCCGUCUUAUUUUAUUGUAGUUAUUAACAGGGUUCCUGCACCGUACGGAAGUAACCAGUGUUCCCAAAGGCUUUCUUUGUUUUUUUUAAAAUGGGUAAAUAAGCAGUUACUAACCCAGGUCCUAUGAUUAUUAAUAAGAACAUGUUUUCUUCGAGUCAUGCUUUUGCACUUUUAAAUGUGACCAUGCGGGCAACUUCUUUGCUAAUGUUAGGGUAGUAUAUAUUUAAAGUAAAUUAAUACAAAUAACGUGGUUAUGUUGACGUACCUGUUCGGGUUUGAAAUGGCUUCCUACGGUGCAAAAGUGUUCAUACCUAUUCAACUUACCUGCAUUUUGCCAGAUUACAAACUGACGGACUACGUACAGUGUAGCGUAGUGAAAGAAACAUUGUGUGUGGCUUUCAAACCUUAUACAAAAUCUGAUGGGGUUUGGUAUUCAGCCAUGUUUACUUUUAAGUAAAUAAAAGCCAGUGCAACCAGUUGCCUAAGAAAGUCAAUCAGGAAAUGGUCCACUGGUAUGUAAUUUUAUUAAAGUCUUAACUGGUCUGUGAAGGCCUCUGAGGUUUGUUAGAAUAUCUAAUGCUUUAAUAAUGUUCUCUAAGGCGGUAAAGACAUGGGGUCUGGAUACAAUUAUCCACCAUUUUGGUUUAUCACAUACGAUCCUUUUAAAAUACAUUUGUGCUUUUAAAAUACAUUUGUGCUUGUAGAUACAUUUAAGGGGUAUGAAUACUUUUGCAAGGCGAGUGGGGGGGGAAAAAAAACUCCCAGUUUGAAAGCACUUGCUUAUAUUCUGCCAAGUCUAUGCCUUAACGUUUAGUUUUUUUCACUUUAUGAACAGUGUACAUCAAUAAAUUCUUUUGAAGUA